AUGAAAUAUUCAACUUUGAGAUUAUCAGAACAUUAACCUUACAUAGUUUCCUCCCUUAGAUUUGAACAUUAGGAGAAGCUUUCAUUAAAAGACAGGGCUAUAAUUGAUCAAUAUAAAGAAAAUCCCCAUCUCCCAAAAUAAAUUAUACAAGAGAAUAGGCAAAGAAAAGACAGAAGAUUUUACAAUUAAUCAAAUCUUAGUGAAUAACUCCCCAAAGUGAAAUUAAACCAAUAAAAGUGCAAUACAAUUAUUUCUGAUAGAAACGAUAAUUAUAUUUGUAAAACUACUGCAAGUAAUUCAGAUGAAUUAAUUUCAAAAUACUCAAUUAUUUAAGUUGAUUACAAAAAUGGCAUCUCUUCUGGAAAAAAGCUCUCGCCCUUUAAAUUAUAGAAACACCUUUUGAAAGUGAGUCUCUAAAACUUAAUGAAAUGUUAACAUAGUUAUAAGAAGAAGAAAACAGAUAUAUCAAUAUUAAAUCUCUACCCCACUCAUUUUGCUAUAAAAUGA